UCUGAGACUACGCGCCGGCAACAGUGCUCAUCUAAUAUGGAUUUUAUGACACUAUUUUUUAUACUGAGUGUGUCAUUGUCGUGUCAAGGGCAGAGGGAGGCCAGCCUUCCGCUCUCUUACGAUAGCUUCCGGCAGAUACUGCGGUCCAAAGUCUCAGUACCCGAAGGCCGUAAAAUCAGCGUCAACGAUGUCAUCUUACGAUUGUACAGUCCAAACGCAACCAAACCGGCCGGGUACCGCAUCAGAGAGACCACGCGGCUUCUAGCUGACCCCAACUUCGAUCCGCAGCGGCCCACCGUUGUUUACGCCCACGGCUAUGUGGAGCUGUUUACAGACGCAAGUGUCAAGCGCGUGAUGGAAGCGUAUUUGCAGAAUGGGGAGUACAACGCGCUACUCCUCGACUGGUCGAACCUGGCGUUCGGCAACUACGUAGUCUCCGCUAUCGGCUUGAAGGCGGUAGGUGAAGAGACAGGGAAGGCAAUAGCGCGGUUAAUAAAAGGCGGACUGUCUCUGGAAGGACUGCACCUCGUGGGGCACUCUAUGGGGGCGCAGCUGCUCGGCGUCGCCGCGCGGUUCUUGGCAGAAAGGAAAACUAAAGUGCCCAGGUUGACCGGGCUCGACCCGGCCUACCCCGGCUUCUACCCGCCGCUGCUCGGGCCGGCCAUGUCCCGCUCGGACGCCGUGUUCGUGGACGUGAUACACACGGACGGGGGCGGGUUCGGAUCCCCGGCGGCCACGGGCGCCGCGGACUUCUGGCCGAAUGAGGGGAAAGCCAAGCAGCCGGGGUGUUUGUCGGCCACAGUUCCGCUUACCGUUGAAGAUUUCUGCAGCCACUGGCGAUCAUGGGAGUACUGGGCCGAGUCGGUAGAGGGGGGCGAGUUCAUGGCCCGGAAAUGCGAGGAUUAUGACACCUUCCUACGAGGACAGUGCAAGGAAGAACCCCUCGUCUAUAUGGGACUUAAGGCCAGCCCUGAGUUAUCUGGCAAUUUCUACCUGCGGACAGCUGCGAAGGCACCCUUCGCUUUGGGCGAGAGAGGCGCGGACUGACGAACACACAUACAACCAGGCCAACCCA